AUGUCUUCCCUUCUCCUCUCCCUCCUCCUCCUCCUCGACCCGGCCGCGCCGGUGCGGGGCGAGCCGGGGCUCCUCGCGAAGCACGCCCCCGCCUUGGUCGUGGCCGCCCCCGGCCUGAGCGGCAGCGGCGUCGGCGUCGGCGGCGGCGGCGAGCAGAAGGCCGCGGGGGCGCUCUUGGCCACGCCCCGCGCCCGGCGAUCGCUCGCGAGCACCGGAACGUACGGCACGAUCUUUGGGCGCAAGGUCGGGCAGACGAUGCAGAUCUUUGCGUACUCGAGCGACACGGCAACGAACGGUGCGUACGGCACGCUCAUCGACGCGGACACCGCCCUCUCCUGGCAAACCGUCGAGCUCGAGUUUGCCAACGGCGUGAUCGAGAGUGUCGCCCCCGAGAACGGCAUCGCUGCGAUUGUCAACGCGAACAACAAGGAAGUCGGCGUCGGCGACAUGGGUGGCUCGGGCGACACCUACCCCGCCGGCCUCGUCAUGACUGUCACCUUCACCCCCGGCACGGACAUGGACAGCGUGUACAUCGACUUCUCGUCGAGCAAAACCGCGAUCGGCAUCUCCGCGCAGACCACCGUCUCGUUUACCUCGACGCCCCGUGUGGCGACCGUCGUGCAGGACAAGAGCAACAACCUCUACCUGUUUGCCUCGCCCAACACGCCCACCGACGGCAAGGCUUCGACCAUCGAGAUUGCGGUCACGGGCGCCUUUGCCGAGAGCGACAUCACCGCCCUUCUCACUGGCCUGACGCCGCAGGUUGGCAGCGGCUUCUUCGGGCUGGGCUUCCUGGACGGCUCGUCGCAUCUUCCCGACGGCGAGGCGAUCGCCGUCGCGUCUCGGCCCCUCCUGGACAUCGACGUGGACUCUGUGAAGACCGCGGUCGUCGCCUCUCCCGCCGCCCCGGGAUUCGACGCGCUCAUCUUUGUCAUCGGGGCGGCCUUCGACCCGUGCGUCUCGUGCAACGCAAUCGUGAGAAAGACUGGCAACACGCCCCGUUCGUACGGAAACCCGUGCCUGCCUGGCGACCCGACGAAAACCUACAAGGACGGCCCCAAAUCCACACCCGACCUCGCCCAGGAGACUACCGAGUGCUACACGAACAUCGCGGACGACCCCACGAAUCCCGCGGCAGCGGGCAGCCUCUCCUCGCUCCCGGCGGAGAUCGAGGAGAGCAUGCUGCCGAUGUUCAACUCGCAGCGGCAGACCGGCACCGGCACCGGCGGGCAGCAUCCGGUCGGCGUGCAGACGUCGUUCGAUAGCUCUCACUUCCUCGCGCCUGCCCGCCCGGCGGUGGUCGCUAUACCCGUCCAGCAGGGCGUUUGGGCGAGCACGAGCGGCGGCACGGGGUUGGCCGGGGUUGCGCCGACGCCGGCGUGCUUUGCGGCUCCGGCCGCGUCGACCGCCGUGGGGGCGCCCGCGCAUGCCCCGCGCGCCCCUUGGGUGGACGCUUUUCUGAGCCUCGGCAUGCUCGCAGCAGAGAGCGAGGCCACGGCAUGCGAGCCGUGGCCGAGGGGGGAGGGGGAGACGGUGGGGGCAGGGGAGGCCUCUGCGCCCGAGGCGAUGGAGGAGGGGGUGGAGGUGGCGGGAGAUAAGGCGGAGGAGGCGGCGCCACGAGACGAGGUGAUGGCGGAGGCGGGAGAGGAGGAUGAGGCGACCGAGGACGAGGCGAGUCCAGUUGCCCCUCGCCGCGUUCCGUGCAAGGCCGCCGGGGUAGUCGUGGGGGAGUGGGGUGACCCCCCGGCGGCGGGCUGCUCCCCUGGUUCUAGCGACCCCUGCAGCUCCCACAGGAAGCUGCGCUCGACCGAAUCGACCGAGGGCCCCCCGGUCAGCGGCGAGUCGGGCAUAUAA